AUUCAUUUGAUCAUUUCCAAUUGAAUGGAAUAAUUAGCCCGGAGCUGUUCUCUGGAUAAAAGGGUCUGGUUCUCAGUUCAAAACUGUAAAGUCCCCUUCUCUGUUCCCGUCGGCGGGUGAGCGGUCUCAGCUUCUUUCUCGUUUAUAUCACACGCUGCUUCAGCCAGAACUGCCGCCGAUACCACUUCCACCUCCUGCCCUUUGAAAUUGAAACCCAACCCUAGCUGUAAACCCACUCUUAUCUUCUCCAGACCACUAAAUUCCCGUUCCUUCCGCAGCUCCCGAGCUUCAACCAUCUCGGCCUUUUACUCCUCCGCUAGCUCUCCGUCCUCGCCUUACGAAGAUGGGUCCCCGGAGAUGUUCCUGCAGAGCAAUUCGAUUGCAGAUUUCAUGAGGUUUAAGAGAGGGUACGAUAGAGGCAGCGGCGAGUUGCAGACGGCGGUUGUCCGGUACCGGAAGCGGUUCCCUUGGUCUAUUCUCAGGCCUUUGCUUCAGGUUGAUUUGGUUUCCACCAUUCACAUUGCUGACAAAGAGUACUUCUCGGCCCUUCAGAAGGAGCUCGGGUCUUAUGACUGUGUCCUGUAUGAAAUGGUGGCCAGUAAAGAAAGUUUAGAGAACAGAAGAAACCCUUCUGCUAUAAGGAGGCUGAAAGGUCCUCGGUCAAGAGGGUUUAACAUUUUAGGGUUCAUUCAGCGUCAAAUGGCUCGAAUUCUCACCCUUGAUUUCCAGCUAGACUGUCUUGAUUAUGAAGCAGAGAAUUGGUAUCAUGCUGAUCUCGAUUUCGAGACAUUCAAACUACUUCAGCUUGAAAAGGGCGAAAGCUUGUUCACAUUUGCGAGAGACAUGACCCUUAAGUCGACGAAAGCCAUGCUUCAGCCCACCAUACCAGAUAACCUCGGCCCUUUGCGAUCCAAGCUUCUCUGGGCAUCUCGGGUUCUUCCUAUGCCCCUCGUUGGCCUUUUCCUUAUCGGAACUCUCUACAAUGUGGGAAGCCCAGCUUCAGACUACGCUGAAGUAGAAGCCCUUUCCCGGCUCGAUUUUGGUGCUGCCAUGAAGGUCUUUCUUGCCAAUCGACUCACAACCGAGUUCACUCAGGUUACUACUGACGUGGAAGAGAAGUCGGUGAUCAUUGGAGAAAGGAAUAGGGUAGCCAUGGAAGCACUGAAGAAAGCAAUGGAUGGAGGCCAAAACAAGAUCGCCAUACUCUAUGGCGGAGGUCACAUGCCGGAUUUGGGAAGGCGGAUGAGGGAAGAAUUCGAUUUGGUUCCCUCCAAAGUUCAGUGGAUAACUGCAUGGUCGAUAGAGAAUCGCGAUGUAAAGACCAAUUCCCUUCCGUUCCUGGAAACGAUGGCUGAAGUUUCAGGGUGGUCAUUGAACCGAGUUACAGGCUUACAGCAGCUGGAAAAUAUGAAAUGUAUACAGAACCAGAUUCGCAGGUUUCCAGGAGUACUGACUUAGGACAUAGCCGAUGAUGCUGUGGCUAUGUUCUUCUUUCUUCCUGGUUCUACCAUCAUCCCUGAAACAGACUAUGAAGGUAAAUGAAUUUCCUUUUCUGAAGCUGGACUUCAACCUGACGGCUACAGAGCAGAGGUCUUCUGACCACCUUUUGAUCGAAGCAAAAUGCAGAAAAACAGAGGGUCACUAAAGACGGAGAUAUAAUAAUGAUGUUUUCUUUGCGAAGCUACGCUCUUUCGACGGCUGACUGGGAAGAGAGAUCCUUUCCAGGUUUUCGGCCAAUUGUGUGUUCCGAAUUGCAGAUUAUGUUAGUGUUGAUGAAAGAUUCAUCCGAAUUGCAGAUUCAUUCAAUUGUGUGUUCAAAUAUUUGAACUGCUAAUUAGAAAGCCCUUUAUUGACUGUAUCUCCAGAGUUACAAGCUGGAAGAUAUGAAACAUGGGAAAACAGAGCUGCAAAUUAGUUCAAGUACUUGAUUCCAUUCAAAACCCGAGUAAAAAAGGUCUUAUUUGGUUCUUCUUAUUAGUUUGUGUUUAGGAUUAUUAUUAUUAUUAUGUCUUGUUUAGGAAGUAAUCAUUUGCUUAUUGGUUUAGGAUUUAUUUACCUUGUCUU